UACACCGAUCUUUCCAUAUACCCCGUGAUCUCCAAAACAACAUAACAAAGUCGGGGAAACAUGGCGAGCGGAGAGGAGGCCAGAAGACGCCCCUCAGUAACCUCCUCUUCGGUCGGCCUGGAGGAACUCUUCCCCGCGGGGACGUCGGAGCAGGCCUGCGUGGACGGGAACCCAGAGCUCGAGCGUUUGCGGGAGCGUCUUCAGGCUUGGUUAUCGCAGUACGAACCCCUGCUGCUGUGGGUGCAGAGGCUGCUGGUCUGGGAGAGGCCGCUCUACAGCAUCUCCGUCGCCCUGACGCUAAACACAUUAUUCUGGCUUCUGUCUUCCACCUCCCUGCGGCCCCUAUUCCUGCUGAGUGUGUCCCUGCUGGGACUAAUGCUACUGGAAAGAUGGAAGCCCAAGUUGCCCAUUAUUACUGUUGAACAUGUAGAGAUUCACCCCGGAGAAAGUGAAACAUUGAGUUCGAAGCAGCGUCUGCUUAGUAUUCCUGAGCUCAGCCACCACCUUGCAGAGAGCUACCUGACCUGCUGCCUGUACUUGCAGGAGAUGCUGCAGUACAAACAGCAAAACCAUGGCAAGUUCUGUGUAAUGAUGUGCAGCGGCUGUUUUGUACUUGCUGUAGUUGGCCAUUAUGUACCAGGAAUCAUGAUCUCUUAUAUUAUAGUUUUGAGUGUGCUGCUGUGGCCUUUGGUGGUGUACCAUGAACUCAUCCAGAGGAUGUACACCGGCUUGGAGCCAAUCCUGAUGAAACUGGACUACAGCAUGAAGGGAGAAACAGAGCACCGCAAACAUGACAAAAGGAAGGUAAAGAAGGAGAUGGAGGAAGGGGAUGAGCCAAGGGCAGAAACAGAGAGUGAAAGUGAAGUGGAGGAGGAAUUAUCUUGUUUUGCUCCAACGGUGGAUGUGAAAACUACGGCUCUGGCUAUGGCCAUCACAGACUCCGAGUUGUCGGAUGAAGAGGUAUCCAUAUUGGAGAGUGGAGGUUUCUCUGUGUCUAGAGCCACUACUCCUCAACUCACUGACGUCUCUGAGGAUUUGGACCAGCAGAGUUUACACAGUGAUCCAGAGGAGUCCUAUCUGCGUGACCUCCCUGAGUUCCCCUCGGUUGAAGAGUUUCCAACCAUUGAGCACAAUCUGCUUCAUUUUCCUCUGCGAGUUCCAGGCCAAGGAGACGGAGCCCAGGCUGGAGCUCAGUCAGAGGGGGAGCCGCUGAGUCCUGCCAGCCUCCUUAUCCAACACCUGGCCUCACCUCUUCACUUUGUGAACACGCACUUCAACGGACAUGGACGACCACCCGGAGGUGAGGAGGGCACGUUACCUGCUCCAGGCAUACGGGAAGAAGCACACAGGCAGGAGGGAGAGAAGGGAGCUGCAGUAACCCAGAGUGCACAGCGGUCCUUGGAGGCAUUGAGUCAGGAGAUAGUGAGCACGGCCAUCUCUACCGUUGUUCAGAACACACUGUCAGCCUUGCUGCGCUCUAGUGAAGCCAGCGAGGAGCCCUCCUUGGCUGAGUUCCUUCCCACUGAAUCCCCACCGAGUGCUCUGGAGACCCCAACUCAAUCCCCCAACACCACUGCUAACACUACAGUUUCUACAGUUGAGGCGCUAGAACCUGAUGAGGAUCUGGAGGAAGAGGUUACAACUGAAAGCGGAGCUGGCGAGGAGUUUCCAGAUGACACGCUAGUUCCCACAGAGGAAGAGGACUUUGAGCUUUUGGACCAAAGUGAACUAGAGCAGUUGGAUGAGGUGCUGGACAGACAAGUGGGGGGAGGAGUUCCAGACACACCUCCAUCUCCUCAACAUCCUCAGUCAUAGCUCAUCCCCUUACUCCCACAUUCAACUGUUUUUUGUUUUUAUUUGUACGUAAAAAAAAAAAACUACAUUAUAUACAUACCCCUAUAUACAAGACAUUAAUCAAGGAGUCUGGCAUUUAAUACUGUUGGUUGGCGAUUGUGUGGCUGAUGGUUGAGAUACUUGCUGCGUUCUGCUUUCAUAGCCUCACAUUUCUAAAUUCUGCUAAGCUUUGGUACUCGACUUGUUCCUUGUCUUGGGUCAACAGUUAUGGAGACACCAUUAUUGUUUAUGGUUGCAUAGAAUUUAAAAUACAGGCUUGACAAACCUGUUUAAAUGCAGCGUCCUGGUUACAAUAAUGAUGCCUUUAUGUUCUGAUGCCUUAGCUACCAGCUUAACCCGAACGCUAUGUUUUCAUCAAAAAGCAGAUGUCUAUUUAGAGGGUUUAUGAAAAGUUGAAAUGUUGGAAAUACAAUAUAACUAUUAAUAUAUAUAAUAUAAAUUAUUUAAUUUAAUGCCCAGCCAAUAAAACUUUAUAAAAAAAAGAAAAUCUUAGGGGGAGAUCGAAAGUACAUUUUAUCCCUUUAGUUACCUAUAAUUGUUUUAAUCACACCAUGUACAUCUGGGUGUAAGGUUGUGGUUAUAUAUUCCUAAAGCUGGAAAAGGAAAAGAUGAAUCCCUAACUGUACCUCUGAGUUUUACAGUUUUGAAACAUUAAGUCACUUGUUGCUUGAAAAUGUAAUCUUUGACAUUCAUGGAUGUUGGUAACUGGUUAACAUAUACACAUAAGUGACCUCAUGCAAGGCAAGAUAGAAGAGAAGUCCCUGUGUUUCCUCUCUGUGAUGGAUGCCACAUUUUUAUUGACAUCUGUGAAUAGAAUUCAUACAUCCAUGUGUAAUCAGUCCAUAUGUGACGGAAUUUUCUCUUGAUCUAAAAUUAUGUUUUAAAAACAAUAGUUUGGCCCGUGUACAAUUUUUACAUCUACAGUCAUUAUUGGGAUAUAAAUACAAAGGAAACCUCCUUUGCUCAUGCAUGUGGUGCCUCAAGCAUGCAUCAAAAUUGGAGGUCAGAUUAAAAAA